AUGGCUGGCAGGCUUAUCGAUGCUGCUUUACUUUGGCAUACCCACGGUAAAUUGUCAGCCAGUUUGGCUGACAAAAGACUUCUGAAGGCUGCAUACGCUGGAGAUAAAGAGAAUUUGCAGGAACUGCUGAUUGCCGGGGAGUGCAACACCAAUUUCCGGAACAAGCAAGGAGGGACACCAAUACUCUGGGCUGCCUUUAAUGGCCACACAGAAUGUGUCCAGCUUCUCCUCCAACACGGGGCGGAUAUCAGUAUAAAGGAUAAAAAUGGAAGGACACCAAUACUCUGGGCUGCCUGUAAUGGCCACACAGAAUGUGUCCAGCUUCUCCUCCAACACGGGGCGGAUGUCAGUCUUCAGGAUAAGGAUGGAGUGACACCAAUACUCUGGGCUGCCUGUAACGGCCACACACAAUGUGUCCAGCUUCUCCUCCAACACGGGGCGGAUAUCAGUAUUCAGGAUAAGGAUGGGAGUUCACCACUUCACUUGGCUGCCCAGUACGGCGACACAGAAUGUGUCCAGCUUCUCCUCCAACACGGGGCGGAUAUCAAUAUACAGGAAAAGGAUGGAGGGACACCAAUAUUCUGGGCUGCCUGUAACGGCCACACACAAUGUGUCCAGCUUCUCCUCCAACACGGGGCGGAUAUCAGUAUUCAGGUUAAGGAUGGGAGGACACCACUUCAUAUGGCUGCCGACAAAGGUCACACACAAGGUGUCCAGCUUCUCCUCCAACACGGGGCGGAUGUCAGUGUGCAGGAUAAGGAUGGGAUUACACCACUUCAUUCGGCUGCCUGGGGCAGCAAUACACAAUGUGUCCAGCUUCUCCUCCAACACGGGGCGGAUGUCAGUGUGCAGGAUAAGGAUGGGAUGACACCACUUCAUAUGGCUACCUACAAAGGCGACACACAAAGUGUCCAGCUUUUCCUCCAACACGGGGCGGAUGUCAGUGUGCAGGAUAAGGAUGGAAGGACGCCAAUACUCUGGGCUGCCUGUAAUGGCCACACACAAUGUGUCCAGCUUCUCCUCCAACACGGGGCAGAUAUUGGUACUCAGGAUAAGGAUGGGAGGACACCACUACAUAUGGCUGCCUUCAAAGGCAAAACACAAAGUGUCCAGCUUCUCCUCGAACACGGAGCGGAUACCAGUAUGCAGGAUGAGGAUGGAUGGACACCAAUUCACUUGGCUGCCCGUGACGGCCACAAGGAAUGUGUCCAGCUUCUGCUCCAACACGAGGCAGACACCAAUAUACAGGAUGAGGAGGGAAAAACACCAAGAAUGCUGACAGAUGAGAAAGGACACACCGCCAUCUCAGAACUGUUGAGACGUUUAGAAAUACCAGAUAUGCAGGGGUAUGUACAGACCAGAACUUUGGAGCACCUUGCUGAAAUAUUAGAUCUUGCUGAAUAUACCAUCAUUAACCAGUCCAACGUGAGCACGAACUUCUCUGGCGUCUUUCAGUUCCAAAAAGUUCAGGAACUGAAAGAUUGGGCCACCAAGAACAAUUGCAGAAAUAUUAGAGACCUAAGGACUGGACUACAGGCAGCAGACCUUCAACGACUUUCCAGUGAGUUACAGCCAUGUUAA